AUGACCAACGCCGGCAGGUACGAUUACGACAUCGCCCCUUUCCAAGACUGGCUCCACACGGCCUUCAGCCUCGCCUCCAAAACAACACUUGGCCGACCCGGAUGCGAUACUGAGAACUUCGUGGGUGCUGGAGUGAAAGUGGGUAUCACUGAACAUGGUAUAUCUCCAUUGCGGAGAUACAACCCCAAUGGAUUUAAGACGGGAUUCGAUAGUUGA